UAUAGAACAUGGCGGAAAGCCGCAGAACUGGGGAUAGCGUGAACCUGACUCUGCAUCUAAAAGCUUUGGCUGCAGGAAAAAAUUGAAUCUGAGGUCAUUAUUGGUGUAACUCGAUAGGAUAACAGCGGGCGUCAUGUCCACAGUAAAACAGGUGGCGCUGCUACCAGCGGGCAGCCAGCCAUGGAACAAUGACAUGUGUGCCGUGAGUGGAAACCGUUUUGCUUACUGCGCAACGCUGGCCAUCUACAUUUACCAGUGUGAUGAACAGUUCAAUGAAUUCCAGCUGCAUUCCAUUCUUUCUGAGCACAGUAAAACCAUCACUGCUAUCGCCUGGAACAUGAGGGAGAUGGACUUGAUUGUCAGUGCUGGCGCUGAUCAUCAGGUCAUUGUAUGGGAUGUAGCCAAGCAGACCAUUGUUGCAAGACUGGAAAAAAUUAAAGAAGUUCCAUGUUCAGUUGGAUGGUGUUUGCACGAGAAAGAUACAGUGUCCUUUAUCUGUGGACGGGGGCCAUUUUUGAUGUGGAAUUAUGGGUCUGACAAAGCAGCUGGCAUAAGUCACCAUAGGGAAGCCAACAGUUUCUCGUCACCUGUUUGUCAGUUUCGCUGGCACCAUAAAAAAAUGGGCAAGCUUGUAAUAGGACACAGAGACGGAAGUUUAUCAUUUUUUUCCCCAGGAAGUAAAGCCCACAAACACGUGCUGAGACCAGAGGCAGUUGAAGAGGAUGACCUUGAAGAGGACCCCGUGGAUGCACUGGAGUGGGACCCGCUGUCCACAGACUAUCUGUUAGCUGUAAACCGAGACUGUGGGAUACGGCUGAUAGAUUCUGCUGGGCUGUCUGUCCUCACGCAGUUUCAGCUGCCCAGUGUGGCAGCGAGGGUGCACACGCUGGCGUGGGUGGACACGGCUCCAGGAAUGUUCCUAACUGGAGAUGCUAAUACUGGUAUUCUCCGCCUGUGGAAUGUAUCCAAGUCCACCCCAAUAGAAAACAUCAAGCUGAAGAAGACCGGGUUUCACUCCUUAUGUGUCUACUGCAGCUGGCCCCAUAUCGGUACCAAAGACAACAAUUUAAAAUCCGCUGGUCCAGCCUCGCCACCAGCUGGCACCACCAGCACUCACUUCGCUCUCCCGCCUGCACACGCUGUAUGCACAUUUGUGGACGGUGGUGUGGGACUCUAUGACCUGGGGAAGAGAAAAUGGGAUUUUUUAAGAGAACAGGGUCAUAUUGAGACAAUAUUUGACUGCAAGUUCAGUCCAGACAGUGCAGAUCUCCUAGCUACGUCAAGCUUUGAUGGCACAAUCAAAAUAUGGGAUGUUCAUACUCUCACGCCUGUGGCCUCCUCUCCUGGCAAUGAGGGAGUAAUCUACAACAUCUCCUGGGCACCUGCAGACCUCAACUGUAUCGCAGCAUCCACAUCACGGAAUGGAGCAUUCAUCUGGGACGUUCAAAAGGGGAAAGUUAUUAAACGAUUUCAUGAGCAUGGUCGCUACCCAGUCUAUACCAUAGCAUGGUGUCAGAAAGACGCCAAGAGAAUCGCUUCAGGAGGAGGCGAUGGUUCGUGUGUGAUUCGUCAGGUUGAUGGGAAGUUGAUCAUGAAGUACAGGCAUCCAGCUCCAGUGUUUGGUUGCGACUGGAGCCCACAUAACAAGGAUAUGCUGGCCACAGGCUGUGAAGAUAAAUGUGUCCGGGUUUAUUAUUUGGCAACGACAGCAGAUCAGCCACUCAAGAUAUUUAGUGGCCACCAUGCCAAGGUUUUCCAUGUCAAAUGGUCCCCUCUGAGAGAGGGAAUUCUAUGCAGCGGCUCAGAUGACAGCACUAUUAGAAUCUGGGACUAUACCCAAGAUUCCUGCAUUAGUGUUUUGAGUGGUCACAAAGCACCAGUUCGUGGUUUGUUGUGGAACACAGAAAUCCCGUAUCUGCUGAUCUCCGGGAGCUGGGACUACUCUAUAUGUAUCUGGGAUAUAAGAGAUGGUGCCUGUGUAGAUACUAUUCUGGACCAUGGAGCUGAUGUAUAUGGCUUGACAUGCCAUCCAUCUCGUCCCUUUGUCCUUGCGUCGUGCUCGCGAGACUCCACGCUGCGCAUCUGGUCACUUCUACCCCAUGUCCAGCCCCUUCAAGUGACCGUCUUGGCCAAGAGACCCUGGUCUGAGGUCUUUGGGACUGUGGAACUUGGGUCAACUCCAGGUACUUCACCGUUGCUGACAGGCAAGGCUUCCAGAGAUUUAAAACUUUCUAUAGAUGAACUCCAGGGUGAUAUACAUGCCAAAACACUUAGACUUUUCUCUGAGUUCUUCAUGCACCCUGGGGAAACUCAGAACCUGUGGGAGCUGAUAUCUGUGAUACAAGGCGUGGAUGACAUCAUGCUGUCAUCAACAUACAAGAAGGGGAUAAUGCAUGUUAAACAUCUAGUCCAACAUAAGGGGGUUUAUGGGAACCCAGUCAUUGUCUACUUAAAAUGCUUGACAUGCCAUCCAUCUCGUCCCUUUGUCCUUGCGUCGUGCUCGCGAGACUCCACGCUGCGCAUCUGGUCACUUCUACCCCAUGUCCAGCCCCUUCAAGUGACCGUCUUGGCCAAGAGACCCUGGUCUGAGGUCUUUGGGACUGUGGAACUUGGGUCAACUCCAGGUACUUCACCGUUGCUGACAGGCAAGGCUUCCAGAGAUUUAAAACUUUCUAUAGAUGAACUCCAGGGUGAUAUACAUGCCAAAACACUUAGACUUUUCUCUGAGUUCUUCAUGCACCCUGGGGAAACUCAGAACCUGUGGGAGCUGAUAUCUGUGAUACAAGGCGUGGAUGACAUCAUGCUGUCAUCAACAUACAAGAAGGGGAUAAUGCAUGUUAAACAUCUAGUCCAACAUAAGGGGGUAAUCUUAAUUGGUUUAACACAUAUAUAUANUGUCAUCCCUUUCAACAUGGCCACAGGGCAGGCGGAGGAACUAGUCAAAUAUUUCACCAGUAGGGGGCAGUUCCAUGACGCUGUUCUAGUUGCCCAGGUGGCCUGUGAGAAUAUUCUUCCUACCUUUGAGCAGAAGAAUCGGAGGUCCAUGAACCAUGUGGAUAGGUCAAAGGAGAAUGGUGGGAAGGAUUUGACCAGUCUCCUGCAAAGUGUAUCUAACACACUGGCAGACUGGCACUUCAGGAAUGGAGCUCCAAUCAGGGCUGCCUGCUGCCACCUGGCGGUAGGGGAUUGCCAUAGUGCCAUGUCCAAGCUUAUUCGAGGUAAUGCCCUGGAGCUGGCGGUGAGUGCUGGCACCGUGUUGAAGAACGUUCCCCAGCUCACAGAGGUCGCCACCGAGUAUCUGUCUCGUAAAUGUGAGAAGAUUGGAAGAUGGGAUUUAGCCAUAGAUCUUUUGAAGACCAUUCCUGAUAAUGAUCUGCCAGUCAUCAAGUUAUGUGCCAGAUAUGUGGAGAGUGCUACAGAGAUCAACAGCCUGCACCAGAAGGCAGGUCUUCCAAGUAUGGAGGAAUGUGAGAGUAAAGCCAAGAAACUGAAAGAGGAGGGGAAGAUUCUAGAAAGUGUCAAAUACUACCUGCUCUCCCCAACUCCUGAGACAGGACUACAGGUUGGGCUGACAUUUGUCAAAGAGGUGCUCCAGAAUCCCUCCUGGCGAGUGGAUGAUGUGUUCCCUAUGCUGGAGAUACUGGGCUGUGUAAAAAUUAACAAAGUACAACAAGCAAAAUGUGCUAAACUUUGUCAAGAACUGCUGAUUUUAUCUGCUUACAUAGGGGCACUGGUGGCCGUAAGGCGCCAGUAUACACCUGUUGUCAUUCCACUGCUGAGACAUGCCAAAUUCCUACUAGAACAAGGAGACCAGUGUGACCUGCCGCUGACCACAUUCAGGAUACAAGAAGAACUGGAAGCCUGCAAGGCACACCAGACUGCAAACAACAGGACAAAUGCCGAUUCCUCAUCUCCGUCCUCUGAUCAUCAGACCAUCUAUGCUGCACUGUUGGAGAAGUGUGGGGAGGAGACGCACCCCGUGGGGGUGGGGGAGGACAGGGUGACAGGGUGUCAGCUACCAAGCCAUUCUGAUGUACACUUGUCUUAUUUUGAUAAUAAGAGAAUACAGGGUCCAGCAUUCUUCUUAGAAGAUGGGAAGUCAGCAAUAUCCAUCAACCAUGCACUCAUGUGGGCCAAAGUAAACCCCUUCUCUCCCCUGGGAGUGGCUCACCUUAACCCCUUCUGAUCAUAUGGGUCAUUGUCAGACCAUCCAUAGGCAUUGUUCAAAAAACCUUAAUUAAGUCAAAUAUAUUUCAUAGACUUUAUCUUGUAUAUGAAGCUAUGGUCCAAAGUUAGUUUGAAGAUUUGUUAUUUUGACUGCAUUUGCUCAUAUGCUCAUAUCUAAGAAUUAAGUUUUACCCUCUCACUGACAUUAUUGGAUAUAAUUGAAUAUGCAACAAAAUGGUGAAUAAUACUACAUUUAUGUAGUUUUUGUUUCAGUGUUAUUGUAAGGGUUUGCUAGUGUAUGGUUGUCUUAGAUUGCAUGGCACACUCAAACAUAUGUUUUUCAAAGAUGAAGCUUGAACUCAGUAUGUUAAACUUGUUAUUGAAUUCACUUGUGAUAUUACAUAUUGUCCGUGGCAAGAUUUUAAUGCUAGCACAUGCUUGUCACGUAAAAAAAAAAAACAGCAGUGAUGAACUGCAACAUUAUUUGAUCAUCUUAUACAUCAAACAAACCUGAAGCUUUGUGUGUGAAAACUACCUUCAGUUUGACACCAGCGGUUGCAUUGUCUUUCAGAACUGUUGAAUUGAAAGAAAAUGUUAAUGUUAUCAGUCAACAAAUACCAAUUUAGGCACGCUGGACAAUACAAGUACUGAUGUACAGCCAUUGUGAUAUACUACCCAGUUAUAUUUGUUUGUAGGUUCAAAGUGACAGUAUUUAGUCACAGGGAAGGCUAAAGCAUCAUGAUAUUGAUAAAAAAUACUUGUGUGUUUGUAACACGUGUGAUGAGUUCAAAUAUUUUUUAUGAACGAAGAAUUUGUGAGUUUUGGGUAAAUGUUUUAUGUUAUUCAACAGACAAAAAUACAAGCAUUAUAAUAAUGUUUCGUUUUUAUAUGUAGUUUUUUUUUUCUUAAUUAAUUGUGUAUCUUUCCAAUCAAAAAUAGCAUGAUUUUGUAUUUCCUUAUUUUACACUUAAACGAUGUUCGGAUUUUUAAAGGUAACAAGUAGAAUUUUUACCUACAUGUAAAACGUCAUUUUAUAAGUUGACGUGCAACUUUGUACAAUUCAAAGACCCAAGACUGUGUUCUUCAAGUAAUUAGAUUGAUUUAUUCCAAAUUGAUUUGUAUUCAAUGACCUAUAAUUGUAUGCAAUACUUACAACACUUUCAACUUUUAAGAUCACCUUGAAUUCUAUUUAUAAUAAUGAUAAACAAACAAUUGAAGGACUUGAUCAACAGUAUUUGUGCUUAUUGACAUAGGCUCAUAAUGAAGAAAACUGGUAACAGGGCUACUUGAAUUGAAAAUGCUCUAAAAACACAAUUGGAUGCUUUUCUUUCAACAAAUAGAAAAGCCAUGUUCACAAUGAGUACUUAAGUAAUUGUACAUGUGUCAAAUGCUGCUUUAAUGGAAAAAUUCUUGUCAUUGAUUCUCCCCUCUGUGCUUUAAAGCAGUUUGAAUUUCUAGAAAAAUUGUGCAUAAAUGAUUUUUUCGUGAACGCUUUAUGUUUAGCUUUAGUGGUAUUUGAUAUGGGUUUGGAAAACAUUUAAGUUAAAAGUCCUCAUGGUUGAGACUAUGCACUCUGUCAAGGGUAAUGCAUUUAUGAAGAACAUGUACAGUACAUGAUGUUACUGAAAAAAUACCCAAGAAAUAAUUUAUUACGAGUUUCACAAACUUGCACUGUACUUGUUUUUUCAAGAAAACAUAUCAGUAUGUUUUAUCUUUCUGCGUCAGUUGGUACUGUUUUUGUUUUGUUUUUUGUUUGUUUUUUUAGUGACUAUUGGUAGUUUUUUUUUUUUUAAUUUUGUCAGUGAACAGUUCUUUUGUCUGCAGUUACACAGCUACAAACUUGUAUUUUCCCACUAUUAGGUUUAUUCCAUCACAGAGUUUUAAUUUUUAUUGUUAAAAUUCCUAGCAUCUAGCUGGAAUUCUAUUUCAUGUUUUUUUUAACCAUUGCAUAUCUUUGAAUUUGUGUCAUUUGUUUCGUUUUCAGGCUAGGUAGUGUAACAUUUACAAAGUAGAGCUAAGAUAUUUUAUUAUAAUUAUUGAUAUUAA